GAUCACAAGUCCUGAAAGAGGAGUGGCGAUGAGUGGCAGCAUGGCAUCAAUUUCGCCGUCAACACCAUGGCCUCAACGAUCCCACAGCAACAUCAACCACCACCAUUCCACCCUAAACCUCAAAUCAACCACCAAUUUCAUCGUUCCAUCAGGAAGAAAGAAUUCAAAACCAUUUCAAUCCUUAAUCGUCAACUCUGCCGCCGAAUCCCUAAAUCGAACCACCGGCAAAGCCACACCCACACCACCACCAUUGGUAGUCGUCGGAUCAGCCAAUGCCGACAUCUACGUGGAGAUCGAUAGACUUCCCAAAGAGGGGGAAACCAUAUCUGCAAAGACCGGACAAACCCUAGCUGGCGGCAAAGGGGCUAACCAGGCCGUAUGUGGCGGAAUGCUAUCUUACCCAACGUACUUCGUGGGUCAGGUUGGGAAAGAUGCUCAUGGAAAGUUGAUAAUGGAGGCGCUCGAGGGUGGUGGGGUUCUUAUCGAUCAACUGAACACAGUUGCUGAAGUGCCCACCGGGCAUGCUGUGGUUAUGCUUCAAUCUGAUGGGCAGAAUUCCAUUAUAAUCGUUGGAGGUGCUAAUAUGUGUGGUUGGCCUCAGAAUCUGGCCAAUGAUGAUUUGGAGAUUGUGAAGAAUGCUGGGAUUGUUUUGCUUCAGAGGGAGAUUCCUGAUUCUAUCAACAUUCAAGUUGCAAAGGCUGCAAGAAGUGCAGGUGUUCCAGUGAUUCUGGAUGCUGGAGGAAUGGAUUCCCCAAUUCCUGAUGAACUUCUGAAGCAUGUUGAUAUUUUGAGUCCAAAUGAAAGCGAACUUGCUCGUUUAACAGGGAUGCAAACCGAAAGCUUUAAACAGAUCAGUCUGGCUGUAGCUAAAUGUCACAAAUUGGGUGUUAAGGAAGUUCUUGUGAAACUUGGUGCAAGAGGAUCCGUUUUAUUCACCGAAGGAAACGAACCAAUUAGACAAAGCAUCAUAGAGGCCGAAAAAGUUCUUGACACAACUGGUGCUGGUGAUACAUUCACUGCUGCUUAUGCUGUUGCUCUUGUAGAAGGGAAAUCCAAAGUAGAAUGCUUGAGAUUUGCGGCUGCAGCAGCCUCUCUUUGUGUCCAAGUGAAGGGAGCCAUCCCAAGUAUGCCUCGUAGGAAUGCGGUCUUGGAUCUUCUUCAAUCUAUAUAGGAAAAUAAAGCUAUUUUAGGUUACCUUUGGACAUAAAUAAGAUUCCGAGCUUGACAAAUUCAGUGCCUUAAAACUGAACGAUAAGUCGUUCAUGGAAGAUGGCAGCAGCCGGAGAUUGGAGUUGCAUGAAGUACAUUCAGGACCAAAUCCCAUCAGUAAUUCCUUCACAGAAGAGGUCCCUGAUAUAAACAUACAAACUGCACCUUAACUUUCUGUUUCAACCCGUUUUUUUGCUUAGAUCAAUAAUAAAAGAACGAUUCUUUCGCUU